UCUGCCAUAGCUGUGUGCAGCUACCUUGAGAGAGCUCUGUGCGCAAGCUAAGAAAACAAGUCAUUACCUACCUGUAUUGCGAAGAUGCUUGGAAAAACUAGUUAGCUUCGAGUAAUUUUUUGAUUAAUUUGAAUAGCUAUUUGAAAAGUGAAAUCCUCGAGAGAUGCUCUUGACUGAUAUAGUUUUUAAGCUGAUUUGAGAUCUAAAGUUCUCAAAAUGUUGCAGAGAUUAUUCAUGACAAUUUUCAUAUGUUUUCAUUACACAAAAGCACAGGUGCAUCUUAUCGACUCGAGAUGUUAUUUAGCGGAAGGAGGAUCGGCCGAAAACUUUUUGGCAACUGAAGAUGCCGCUGUAGGGUCCGUGCUUGGUACCCUGAGUGUCAAUGGAGAUCCACUGAAUGACAUAACCCUUUCACUACGGGAAAAGGAUUCCCCGGUUACGAUAGAACGAAAUACCAAGAAUAUUAUUUUGAACAAACCACUCGACAAGGAAGGGCUGGAAGGGCCGUCAUCGGUUUAUGUGAACGUCAUUUGUGACCGAAAACAAAGCAACGAUCCGAGUUUUCUGAUACCGGUAAACAUAAGGGUUACAGAUGUGAACGAUAACUCUCCCAAAUGGAUCGGAGGACCGUAUGCUGUAAACAUAUCAGAAGUUACAAUCAUAGGAACGAGAAUUUUGCAAGGCGUCAGAGCAGUUGACUUAGACCAGCCUGGUCCCUAUUCUACAGUCGAAUAUCAAGUUUUGCCAGGCCCCCACUCAAAAUUUAUUGACUUUAUAUCUCCAUUAGAGGGAACUUUAGUUUUGAAGCAUGAACUAGAUUAUGAAAGCCUACGAAAUUUCACCGUGAAACUACGAGCUCAAGAUCAGGGAAUUCCUCCAAAGUUUUCAGAUACUUCAUUGACAGUUUUUGUUUUAGACGCGGAUGAUCAAAAUCCAAAGUUUUUUAGCGAUGUUUACUACGGAUCAGUUUUAAAUAACAGUCAAAUAAUCGUAACACCAGAAAAAAUCAAUGCAAAAGACCAAGAUGCGGGAUUAAAUGCCUCUCUUGUAUACUCGAUUGUCCCAUCAUCUUUUUCGAGUAGUUUUAAAAUAGAUUCCAAAAGCGGACAGAUACAGGUCAUAAAACCAUUGAAUACAUCAAAUAGCAUAACCCUAGUUAUAAAAGCAACUCAAGCAGAUAAUCAAGACAAAUACGCUCUUAGUACAAUUAUUAUCUCUACACUUUCUUCCAAGGCUCCAAAAAAACCGAACUUUCGACAAUUGAAAUAUAGAGUGAAGAUAAGAGAAAAUUAUGGACCAGGAGGAAAAAUACUAACACUCGAUUUUGUAAACACUUCACCAUAUGUAAGGUUUAAAAUAAUGAACGAGUCAGAGCUCCAAUGGUUUUCGAUAGAUAACAAUGGUAAUAUAUUUUUGAAAAAGUGGUUAGAUUACGAAACAAGAAUUUUGCAUACUUUCACGAUAGAAUUAUCUGACAGUAACUUUCAAGACUAUGCAGACGUAACAGUUGAAGUGAUAGACGUUAACGAUUGGGAACCAAGGUUUCGAAAGCCGCAGUACACAUUCACGCUGAAAAGCAAUGUAAAUGCUUCAACGCCCAUGUUUUUAGGAAGAAUUGAAGCAGCAGAUGGAGAUGUCAAUGAUAAAAUUUCAUAUUCAAUACAAGGAAAAUUUUCCGAAAUGUUCCGUAUCGAUAAGAAAGGUGAUUUGUGGCUGAAUAACGUCAUUAGGGAUAGACCUUCGAUCUACUUACACCUUAUAGCAACUGAUUCUGGAAUUCCUCCAAAGACCUCUACAGUACCGCUUAUGAUUCAGUUCGAAGAAAUUCACACAUCUCCAUUGAAGUGGUCAACAGGAAUAAUUAGUACUCUGGCUAUCGUCAGUGUUCUGUUCGUAUCGGCGAUUAUCGCUGCAUUUACUUAUAUUUUCAAAAUAUGGUGCAAACCGCAAAACAACAAUCUUAUGUUAAUCAACAACGAUAGACUGCCCAAUAAACCUAGCAAUUGUAACAUAGGAAUAAUACCGUCUCAUGCACGAGGAUCGAAUAGUUCUCUAAGCGCCAGUGCUUCAACUAUCUUGGCCGCCAGUCUUGAACGAGAUCAUGAAUCUUAUACAGCUACAAUAAGAGACAUCGUGAGCAGAUCUCAUAAUUCGAUGCAUUCUCUGAGAAAUUGUGAUACUGAGCAGGAUUCACUAACUAAUUCUGAAAAUGGAUUUCAAAUAAUGCCAACAUCUCACGGAUACAGUGCAAACAGGUUGCAUCCACAGUGGGCUCAAAAUAGAGCCACAGACAAGGUUUCGGCGGCGAGCGACAACGCCUGCGAAAAUAAUCUAACAGUUUAUUUUUAGAACUAAUUUACAAGUUCAAUAGUGGUAGAUAUAUUUAUACAAAAACUAGCCAAUGGUUUGUAGAGCUGAGUAAUAAAAACCCUCAUGGCGUUAA